CGUCAGACUCUCCGCCAUUCAGAGAUGUAUUAACGUCCUGGUUCUUUCUUUCACUCAGAGUUUAGCUAUCGUCAGGUCUUAAGUUAACUUACGAAUGCUGAACAUAUCGGUGGAGUUCUUGUUGAACAGUAGCUGUUUUGGUUGUCAUCCAGGAAGUAAAGCUCCGUGUUUACUCGAAGCGAUCAUGCUGAACACCGAGGAAAGUUCCUGGUUAGCGGGGUCUCUGACGCCCAGCUCCAUCCCUCAGGCUCCGGGGCCUCUGUGGUGUUCCGAUGCCCCUCACCCACAGCUAAAGAUCCCGGGUGGGCGAGGGACUGUCAGGGAUCACUCUCUCUGCGUGCUCCUACACAAGGAUGACAAGCUAACAGUGACACAGGCCGCUCCAGUGAGUGGGAACCCCUCUUUUCUCCGCUUCCACUACCAGCUGAAUGAGCGCCGCUCGGCCUCCUGGGAUACAGCUUUAUCAGAAGACAGCCUCUUCCUGGAGAUUCCUGCCGGGCCGCUGGUGGAGGGGAGCAAAGAGGGGCUAACUGCUCUGCUCGAGUUUGCAGAAGAGAAGCUCAAAGUUAACUAUGUCUUCCUGUGGUUCCAUAAAAGCAGAGAGGAUCGAUUGUCCAUCAUCAAGACGUUCCACUACAUGGGCUUCGAGAUGGUGAAGCCAGGGAACCCGAUGGUACCAGCCCGGCCUGAUCUGGCCUUCAUGGUUUACUCUCUGGACAACAGCAGCUCAGAUGAGGAGUAACUGCCACCGUUUCCUGACAGCUCCCUCUCCCACCCUCACCCUCCCUCUCCACAGAAACACUCCUUUUACAUGUUUUUUUUUUCCCUCAAGCAAUCAAACCUGCUUUGACUCACCCUCUGACACAAACCUUUCCUGCCUCUCAGAAAUCCCUCAUCACUGACUCGAAGGUGUCACCUUUUUUCAUACAUACUUGUGAUUGAAGGGGGUAUUUUGGGAGCGGCAGGAUUUCGGUGUGACACAGACAUAGCCGCCUCCCCUCUUUUCCUUUAACUGCAGAUCGGAGAAGCAGGGAGCGGCAUAGCUUGAACUAAGCCAUCACAUGCAACGAGGAAUACUUGCGCUUUUUUCUUUUUCCCCCUGCUUCCUCUUUUAGCCACAUUAUUUGUUUGUGAUGCCACGAACAAGACAAACACCUGCUGGAAAUUCAGGAGAAGGUGGCGUUUUACAUUAAAAUUCAGCAUAUCUCUCCUCUGACAGCUUCUACCUUUUUAUAAAACAGACUUUGGUUUGUGUUUGUGUGCUGUAUACCAUGCAAGUUUUGUCUUUGUGGGUAAAAAUAAGGAAUUAUGGGGUGUGGUCUGGUCAAUAAAAUAUUGUUUUGCUUUUUAAUAUAAAUGGGUGGAAGCCUGAUCUGGUACAUUUAACAUUUGAAGCACAUGUAAACAUUUCUUUACUCUUCUUCCUGAAAUAUGCCGAGGCAUCAUUCCAACUCCUGCCACUCGCUGUUUAAUUUUUCAGUUCAACACAGUUGAAAUACCGUGUUAGUCUCUCCAGACGUGACUAAGCUAAGAGGCAGUGUAAGUGCUGAAUGUCAACAACACUGAGACAAACACCUUCUCUUCUCUGCACAAUAAUCAACCUUUUAAGCUGUUAUUAAAGAGCUGGGGUGCAAGACUGCUUUACACAGAAACAAAUGCUUAGUAUAUUUUUUCAGAGACAUAAGCUUAAUAAUUGUGGGUCAGGUUUGAAAAAAAAAACCAACUCCACUUACUGUUACUUUGCAUUAAAAUGUAAACAUGGUAAUCAAACCUGGAAGCUGCAGCCCCAGUUUCAGCAUCUGAAGUAUUAUAUUCAGAGCUAUGAAUCCUGAUUUGUCAAUAAAAAAAAAUAACAUGUAGCCAUAGAUUGCACAUCCUUGUACAUUUUGUAAGAUGGAUUGAGCAUGGAUAAUAUGUAUGGCCAUCUUUGAUUAGGAAACAGUGGCACCAACCUGACAAAUGUAUAUCAGAUACUCUGCUGUGAUCAUGAUAAAUGAGAGGUUAGAAACUGCAGCUAGUUGAAAAUCAUUAAGCCCCGUAAAGUCGUCAGCAGUGCGACCCUGCUGAAACAUGACUUUUUGUGCCUAAAGAGGAGAGUGCAAUGUUAAUAUUUUUUACUCUUGAGUCUUAUUGAAAGAAUGUGUCCAUUGUUCAUCUCGCUCAGAUUCAGACCCAUGCUAUGUGAGGAAAUUUAGCUCAUCAGUGGGGUACAAACCAGAGCACUUCAGGUGAUUUACCGUAUAUGCAAGUAGAGUUAAAACGCAGGGGGAGGCCUGCCUGUGUUUUGUUUUUUUGUUUUUUUUUUUAUUAGUACUCAAAAAAACGCCAAAGAAUCCAGUAUGUCUGCCGUCGAUUCAAAUCAUCUUGCUUAUAAAAUCCAGCUAUUCUAAACCUAGUAUGGUGUGUAAAGCAAUAUUAACCUACAUUCCCCUUGUCAGCCAUACUUACUGUAACACCUCAGAGAAACGUGACGAUGGUAGUCUGUCUCAUGUCGGGGUUCAGAUGGGUGGGGGCCUUUCUUUCUUCUGCAUGUGUUCAGAUCAUACUAGUCUUCAUUGCUACUGAUUGAGCCCUGACUAUAAGCUGUUAGGAAUUGUCAAUAUAAAGUUUUCAGAGGUAUAUUUUUAUGUAUGUAUAUUUCUCUAUUGUUUAUUGUGAUAGUUUAGGGAUUUAUUUUUUGUUCUCUGUGAUUAGUUAGCAACCCUUCAAUGACAAUCCACACUUGUAUAAUUCACAAAUUUUUGUCUUGGGGGGAGGGGGGAUAUCAAUAAAGUGUUUAACUAAAA